AUGAGUAUGGAAGAUGUAAUCGAAGAAUGCAAACUAUUUUACUUUGCUGGAUCCGAAACAACCUCAAGUUUGAUUAUAUGGACCAUGUUUUGUUUUAGUUUGCAGCAAGAAUGGCAAAUGCAAGCCAGACAAGAGAUUUUGCAAGUUUUUGGUACUAAAGAACUACAUUUCGAUGGUCUAAAGCAUCUCAAAAUUAUGAACAUGAUAUUAAACGAGGUUAUUAGGUUAUACCCACCAGCAACCAUGGUUGUACAAGCUACCUCAAAGGACACAACACUAGGGGACAUGAUGAUACCAUCAGGUGUUCACAUAAUCAUACCUAUAAUGCAUGUCCAUCAUGACAAUGAAAUAUGGGGAGAAGAUGCAAAAGAUUUCAAACCUGAAAGAUUCUCAGAAGGAGUGGAGGAUUGA